AUGGUUUUGGUGGGGCGUUGGCUGUUGCUCCUGGCUGGGGUUCUGGCAAAGCAGCACCAAUAUUGCAUCAUAGGCGCGGGGCCUGCUGGCUUGCAACUGGGUCACUUCUUGUUCCAUGCCCAGCGGGACUAUGUCAUUUUUGAGAGGGCGGCCGCUGCGGGGAGCUUCUUCGAGCAGUAUCCUCGGCAUCGGCGGCUCAUCUCCCUCAACAAGCGGACCGUGCGAGAGGGCCGCACGAAGGACUUUGCCUUCCGUCAUGACUGGAACAGCUUGAUCGACCUGAAGGAGGAAUCAGCACGAACGACCCCAGUCACAGCGCGCUCGAAGGAGCUUUUCCCACAUGCCUCCGUCUUAGUGGACUACUUGAGGGACUUCGCCUUGGAACAGAAGGAUCAUAUCCGCUACUCCACCGAGGUCCUAAAGGUACGUCGUACAGAAGACGGCUUCGAGUUGAAGCUGGUCAUAGGUGAUGCGGUCUGCCGGGAGCUCAUCUUGGCGACGGGUUUCCACCGGCCGCGGCCAGCUGAUGCCAAGGUGGAUGGCAGCCAUUUGCUGCUGGGCUACGAGGCCUUGCCAGCUUCAGGCGAGGCCUUCCAAGGUCAGGCGGUGCUUGUGCUGGGCCAAGGCAAUGCUGCACUGGAGACGGCGCAGGAGUUGCAGCACUACACUUCGGAGGUCCACCUCCUCUCGCGCGCGCGGACACUCCCGGAGGGGGGUCAUGGGGUCCGCUUCGCCUACCAGACCCACUACGUGGGCGAUAUCCGGGCAGGCCGAACGACGAUCCUAGAUACCUACCUGCUGAAGAGUCUGGACACCUUCGACUUUGACGCCCUCAACGGCCAGCACCGAUUAGUGAUCCUCCCCUGUGGAGGCCGACUGUGCCUUUGGUCUGUGCAAGCCGACGACUGCCUGGACCGCAACUGCAGUAAGCAGCAUGCGCUGGGCGGGCAAAACCUGAGCUACAAGCUGCCAGUCGGCACCGCGGCGAAGGAUUCCGAUUUGCAUCGGCGCAUGAAGGAGCUUUCGGACCGCUACCCUGCAGAGACCGAGCUGGAGGAGGUGGAGAGUAGCUUCUGGGAAGGUCCCAAUGAGCAGUUGUCCAGCGACCAGCUUGAUGCGAUGGGACUGGACCCUGAAGUCUUCAAUGUGAGCUAUGUCGAGCUCUCACUCAGCAGCCGUGUGCUGCGCAGCAAUCCCAAGCUGGCCGCAGAGGUGGCGGAGCUGCGCACGGUGGCCGGGGGACACGACCACCUGCGGUUCCCCAUGGACGCGGUCAUCCGCUGCUUUGGUUGGAUCUUCGAUUCUGAGCUUUUGGACCCAAAGACGGUCCCGGUGAACGUGACGCACCACGGCAAGUAUCCCAAGAUCACACCUGCUUGGGAAAUAAAAGGUGUGCCUGGUUUGUACGUGGCUGGCACCAUCAGUCACAGCUUAGACUUUCGCAAGUCUGCUGGAGGUUUCAUCCACGGCUUCCGCUACACGUCACGCGCGCUGUUCCGCUCGUUGGAAGAGAGGAACUUUGGUGUGGCGUGGCCUCAGCAAGAGUGGAGCAUUCCGCUCACCUGCACGCCAGGGACCGCUGCGGCCACCUGCGCCGCGGGCGCGGGCGCGAGCGCGAGCGCGGGCUGGGCUGCUGUGGCGGAUCGCUUGUUGGAGCGGAUCAAUGCGGCGUCAGGACCAUACCAGAUGUUUGAGUUCUUAGGCGACAUGUUGCUCUUCGAGCCGAAUGGCACUGAGCUCAGCCUACGUUUGCUGGAGGAGGUGCCAUUGCUCCACUUCCACGAGCGCUACCAGGACACGGCGCGGUUGACCUGGUCCUUCCGGUACCAUGACCACUUCCAUGGGCCCGACGUGUUAAGCCCCUUUCGCGUGGGAGCCACUCGCGUGGAGGAGGCGCACAACUCCAAGUUUCUCCAUCCACACCUCGCCUUUUUCCCGGCCAAGAGUGCUACACCGAGGCUGAGGCAUUGGAUGCUCGAGGACGUCUUCACGCAGUGGACGGGCCCGGACGAUCGACGGCCCUUGCUGCGGCAGCUCGGAGUCAAAGAGCGGGGGCUGGAGAUGUGGGUGGUUGAUUGGGUGGUUGCGGAGCCACCGGUCAUGUGGAAUGAGCCUCAGCUGCCACGAGCGAGGCCCAGCAACCGACUGGCGAAGCGCAUUGCUUUCCGUGGAGCAGCUGUUCGGUCUGGAGCAGUGUUUGGUGCCAUGCACGGCCCUGAUGAAUUCCUGAAUGUGGCGGUGAAGGCGUUGGCUGAGGGCCGACAUUGGGAGAGAGCCUUUGCUGCCGUGGCCAUUGCGAACAAGGCCAAGCUACGGGCUGAUGCCAUCAGCUACAGUGCCAUCCUUAGCUCGAGCAACCUCACGUGGCUCAACGCUUUGCGGCUCCUGGACUGCAUGGCCCACUCUGCGGUGCAGAAGGAUCAAGUGUUGCAGGCCGCGGUGGUGUCCUGGUGCGGCAAGGCAGCGCGUUGGCAAGAGGCUGCCGAGCUCUUGAAAGACGCAGGCUUGGAGACCAGCUUGCUUUGCAGCAAUGCGGCUUUGCAAGCGACCAGUCUCGCCCAACAGUGGCGCUCGGCCAUCGAGGGCCGGAGGGGCGCGGAUCGGGUCACGUUCAACGUGGCCCUGGGGAGCCUGGCGGGGCCGAGCGGUUGGAGAACUGCGGUGCAGAUGUGGAAGGACAUGAAGAAACAAGAGGUCAGAUCCGAUCUCAUCAGCCACAACACGGUCAUCCAGGUGUGUCACAGCCGUGCCUGGCGCUUGUCACUGGGGAUCUUCAGCGCCCUGGGCCUUGAGCGUUUGCAACCCGAUGCUGUAAGCCACGGGCUGUUGUUGGCCCACCAGGAGCCAUGGCAGCACGCUUGGACACUCCUCCUCAAGGCUCCAGUCGAUGACCUCGACGGUGCUGCUUGCACUGCCGCCUGCAAUGCCUGCGAUGGGUGGCGAGCCGUUGUGGGUCUCCUCGACCACUUCGCCCAGCAGAGGAUGUGUCGCAGCCGGCAGGGCCUCAGCUCCGCGGUGCAGCGCUGCGGCGCCGCGGGCGCCUGGCCGAGCGCGCUGGCGCUGGAGAUGGCAGGCCGAGGCCGUCGGCUGUGCAGCGAUGCCACGGCCUUGAAUGUGUUGAUCACAGCGCUGGGCCGCGCGGAUAAGUGGCAGGAGGCCUUGCAGGUCUUCCUCUCGUUCCGGGAUGAAGCGGACCUUAUCGCUUGCAAUGCUCUGAUGGCCAUCUUCGACCGAGUUGAGCAAUGGCAGCUGGCAGAGGAACUCUUCGUAGAACUGAAUGAUGCCCAGAUGCAGCCCAGCUGUUCCUCCUACCUCACGAUCAUCAGUGCCUACACCUCCCACUGCUCGCAGUGGCAAAGGGCACUUGCUGUGCUGGAGCAGUUUCGGAGCGGAAUGCCCUUGGAGGUCUCCGUGCACAACGCAGCGAUGACUUGUUGCAGCAAGAGCUCUCAGUGGACUUUGGCAUUGCACCUCUUCAGCGAGCUUCGAGCUGCAGGCCUCCAGGCUGACCUCAUCAGCGCUUCUGCCUGCGUCUCAGCUGCUGCUGCCUCGUCCAAGUGGUGGUACUCUUUGAGUUGCCUGGCCGCACUUGAAUCGAAGUCUUUGAGUACAACGGUCCACGCCUGCAGCUCUGCUUGCAGCUCUUGCAAGAGCUGGGAACAUGCCCUGAUGCUCCUUCAGACCCUCCGGCGUGGCGCCAAUGUGAUUGCUUACAACGCUGUGAUGGGCUGUGAAAGCUCAGAGCACGCAUGGCCACAGGCACUAUUCCUUUAUGCAUCCCUUCACCACCAGCGCCUUACCGCCGAUGCGACCAGCUACAACACGUUGACGAGUACUUGCAGUAGUGCCCUCCUAUGGCGCAGCGCCAUUUCCUUCCUCUCAGAGUCGUCGGAAGUGAUGGCCUACGACAGUGCACUGCAAGCGUGUCUCAAUGCGGGGGAGGUGGAUCGAGGACUCGACGUCCUUUGGCAGUCAGAAGAGCUUCGAUCCCCUGUUUCCUUGCUUUGGGCCCUCUCAGUCCUGGCGGUGUCCGACCGCCAAGUGCUCCAUGAGGCCACCAGGGCGGCGGCCAGGAGUUGGCGUGGCGGUGGCUCGAGGCCCAGGGAUGCGGCCAUCUUCCUUUAUAGCAGCGCGCUACUGGGAGCUGAAGGCCCAGCGCAAGGUCGAGCCAUGGAGGUCGUCAGGGAAUCAGAGUUGGACUUGGACCUGCUGGUGAUUGCGGCUUCCGGCACCGCCGCAGCAGCGUGUGGCAUCAGCGAGUCUGGCGUUCGUUUCUUUCGCUCGGUUGCGCGACAGGCCUGGCGACAUGCGCAGGAGCUGCUGAUCACAGAUCAUUCGUCGACCUCACGAGAUGAGCGUGGAUCUUGGUGCUUUGAUGCCGCGGGGUUGAAGCUUCUGGGCAUCAUUUUCGCCUGUCAGCAAGCAGAGUGCCUGGAGACCUGGUUCUACAGCACCUUACGUCGACUCUUUAGUACCGCCGCUGGGCGGUUGGACUCAGAGCUUCCUCUUGCAGCACCUGCAGACGUCACAGAAGGUGCGGCUUCCCCUUCCGCUCAGCUCGUUGCAGAUGGCCAAGACCACGCGGUCUUCUACAAGCCUCCGGGCUGGGAAGUCUAUGGUGGUCACAACCAGCUGCAGCUCGUCGACGCGGCCCAGCGCCUCUUUGGCCGGCGCCGGCUCUUCGAGGACGUGGGGCAUCACCACGGCUUUUUGCAUCGCUUGGAUGUGCCCAGCAGUGGCCUGGUAGUGCUGGCCAAGAGCUAUGUGGCCUUCUAUGAGCUCCAGGUGGACUUGCACGCGGGCCGUGUGGUUCGUGAGUAUCAAGUACUUUGCCAUGGCUGGCUGACCAAGAGCCAGAUCUCCGCACGCCUCUUCUGGUACGGCCCCUCUCCGAGCCUCGCGUCCGCCCGUGGGCGUGGGGCACGGACACUGGUGCUGCAGACGCGGCACCUGCAACACCCACGGUUGAACAGCUUGAGCUAUGCUGAGCUUCGACUGGGAACGGGUCGAAAGCACCAGAUCCGUAGCCACUUGGCGCACGUCGGACACCCCGUGGUGAGUGACAUGGUCUACCAGAGCAUGGAGACUUACCAACAAGACAUCGCAGAGCAUGCGAACAAUUGCCUGCAUCGGCACAGGCUCUUUGUGAGUGGCCGCUGCGUGAGCUGCGCAGGGCCGAAAGCACUGGAGGAUCUGCUGGCGGCACGGGAGAUCCGCUGGGAGCCGAAAGAGAGGGGAGUGAGUAGAUGGCCGACGGCAUGA